AUGUCUGCUCAGAACAUCUCCACCAAUAACGCAGCCCCAGCCGUGGGACCUUAUAGCCAAGGUGUAGCCGUUCCCGCAUCGGCUAGCCUCAUCUUCACCAGCGGUCAGCUCCCGGCCGAGCAGAGCGGCAACAUUGACCUUUCUCAGCCUGUGGGUGUUUUGACUGAGCGAUGCAUCACCAACAUCAAAGGUAUUCUUGAAGCAAGCAACUCUGGAAUAGAGAAAGUUAUCAAGGCGACCGUCUUUCUCACCAGCAUGGAUUCCUUUGGCGAGGUAAACCAAGUCUACGAGAAGCAUUUCUCCCAUAAGCCUGCGCGCAGCUGUGUUGCUGUCAAGGAACUGCCAAAGGGUGUCCCCGUGGAAAUCGAGGUUAUUGCACUUGCAUGA